UAGUAAAUUUCCCUCUAUAACAUCCGUCAUUUACAAAAUUUUAAAAUAAUUUUUAACUAUUUAUUAAUUUUCUUAAAAUAAAAUGGAAAAAUCAAAAAUCAUAGACUUCGACGAAGUCUCCAGAACCAUUCAUUCCGAUUUUGAUGAACACAAGAAAGUCAUUCAUAAAUGUUGCAUAACAUCGUCAAUUAUUCCUCUAAGUGAAUAUUAUGAAGCCCUUCAAAAGGAAUACAAAACCAUCGAGAAUUGUACAACUCCCCGAAAAGAUAAACCUAAUCCACUCGAGUACAUAGACUUAUUUAAGUCAUUCGAAGAGUAUCCUGCAAACCUACCCAAGCCGAAGAAACAAACAGCUCGAGAAAAUGCUCGUUUACAUCUCACAAUUAAGUCAAAAACCAAUUCCUCUUCGACUUCUAUUAACUCUUCAAAGAUAGUUGAUGAUCAACCAUCAGCGGCGGUGAUUUGCAACGAAUUCUCCAAAUUCACUGAGAAACUUGCUAACUUCAAAAAGGAACUUGCCAUCCAAUCCAGUUCGAAGGAGUACAACGAGAAACUGGGACAGAUUAACACCUUCGCAAGGGAAUUGGACAAACUUUCGCAAGCGGACGAAAUUGGGAACGAUGCAUUUACAGAGGAAGAAGAGGCAAAGAUAAGACAGAUAUCAGAAAACAUGGAACAUUUUGCAUUUAUUCAAGAAAAUCAAGAUCUCUACAGUAACUUGCAACCAAAUGAUACAAACUCUGCUAGAUUAAAUGAUUUGGUGGACAUUGUCACCGAUGCCCUAGUGGCAGUUAAUUGUUAUAAACCUUAAGAAAUAAAUAUUAAUAUUUUUGUAACCUAA